AUGGUAGUUCACUCUAAAUUCUUGCAUUCGGGGUCACGCCAGUGGCUACCUAAUAUUAAGAAACUAUCAAAGUAUAAGUUAUCCGCUUGGGUUACAGCUACAGGAGCUAGUGGUUAUCUAAUGAUUCUACCAGUCGUAUCUUUGGAUCUUGUAAACACAUGUGGAGGAUUAUUCUUAUGCAGUGCCGCUGCACAUGCAUUUAAUCAAAUUAUAGAGCGAAAGAGUGAUGCGUUAAUGUUGCGUACUCGCACAAGACCCUUGCCAUCGAAGUUGCUUACACCCCUCCAGGCCGGAUUAAUUGGAAUAUCAUCCACAACUUUGGGUGGCUCCCUCCUCUAUAUUGGUGGUGGAACAAAUGCUGCUGCAUUAGCUUUGGCGAAUAUAGGAUUAUACACACUUGCCUAUACACCCUUGAAAAAAAAAACCGAAUGGAACACCCACGUGGGAUCAAUAGUUGGAGCUAUUCCUCCAUUAAUAGGUUGUUUGGCCGCAGGAGGUAACUUGUCAACACCUGGACCAUGGUUGUUGUUCGGACUAAUGUAUGCAUGGCAAAUUCCACAUUUUUAUUCUUUGGCAUGGAUGUAUCGCAAGGACUAUAAAAGUGCUAAUUUUAAAAUGUAUGGUAUCGAUGAUGAUUCUGGAAAACGAAUGGGAUCAGCUUCCGUAAAGUGGAUCAUGUUCCUGUCAACUCUCCCACUGCUUUAUAAUUUGGCCGGAUUUGCGUCCCCUGAACUUUUGAUUUUGUCCUCAAUCCCCAACUUAGUAAUAACACAAAAGGCUUUAAAAUUGUACAAGAACCCUUCCCAUGAAACAGCCAAAAAUUUAUACAUACACUCUCUAUGGCACAUAUUGGUUUUGAUGACCCUUACGUCAUAUUUUUCAUACGAAAACACGGAUAGAUACGAGCGUAUUUCGAAUAAGAAGACUGAAGAGACAAUACAAUAA